UUGAAUCUGCAUUCUUCUAAAGUGGUCAUCUGAAGACGCGCUGCACCACUGCUAACCACUCAACCUGAUCAAGCUCUUCUCACUAGCUUCUGUGGAGGAGGGGUGAGACAGCAUGUGAGUGCUGCUUGGAGUCCUUUUUUGGUAUGGCAACGGGCUGAUUGUAAUAUAGGACAAGAAAACAUAAAGAAUUUGUAUUUUAAUGUACAAAGAGGGACUACUUGAAAUGGUUUCCUUUUUGUAGUGAAAAUUGCCUUUUUACUGGAUUUAGCAGACGAUAGACAAACUACAGAAUAACACAAUGGCUCAAAUGGACACAGAGUUUGGUGUGAAGGGCAGCAGCAUCAUCAGGGAAUGGAGUGGACAGGUCCAGCCUGCUCUGGUCGCCUUCUUUGUUUUCCUCUUCUGUCUGGAAGCCUGUCUGUGGGUCAGGAACUUCAGGCUCAAGAGAAGACUGCCAGGACCCUUCGCCUGGCCCGUGGUGGGCAACGCCAUGCAGCUGGGCCAGAUGCCUCACAUCACCUUCGCCAAGUUGGCCAAAAAAUACGGCAACGUGUACCAGAUACGGCUAGGCUGCAGCGAUAUUGUGGUUCUGAAUGGAGACAAGGCGAUACGUCAGGCUCUGAUACAGCACAGCACAGAGUUUGCAGGCAGACCAAAUUUUGUCUCUUUUCAGGCUGUCUCAGGGGGGAAAAGUAUGACUUUCACCAAUUACAGCAAACAGUGGAAGAUGCACAGGAAAAUUGCUCAAUCAACGAUCAGAGCAUUCUCAUCUGCCAACAGCCAGACCAAAAAAGCCUUUGAGCAGCAAAUUGUGGCUGAAGCCACAGAGCUGGUUGAAAUUUUCCUUAAACUCAGUGCUCAGGGCCAGCAUUUCAACCCCGGUCAUGAGCUGACAGUAGCUGCAGCAAAUGUGAUUUGUGCCUUGUGCUUUGGAACACGUUAUGGACAUGAUGAUGUUGAGUUUAGAGUCUUGUUACAGAGGGUAGAUAUGUUUGGACAGACAGUAGGGGCUGGCAGCUUGGUAGAUGUGAUGCCAUGGCUUCAGUCUUUCCCUAAUCCAGUCCGCAGUAUGUUCAAGAACUUCAAAGACCUGAAUAAAGAGUUCUUUGGGUUUGUCCAGAACAAGGUAGAGAAGCACAGAGAGACAUUUGAUCCAGAGGUAACGAGGGAUAUGAGUGAUGCCUUUAUUGGUGUGAUUGACAAGGCUGAGAGUGACAACGGACUCACCAAAGGCCACACAGAGGGGGUGGUGUCAGAUCUGAUAGGUGCAGGUCUGGAUACCGUCUCCACCGCGCUUCACUGGAUUGUCCUUCUGCUGGCUAAACACCCUGAAAUGCAAACCAAACUCCAUGAACUCAUUGACAAGGUGGUGGGGCGAAACAGGUUGCCGUCUGUCGAGGACAGAAGUUGUCUGGCCUACCUGGAUGCCUUCAUCUAUGAAACCAUGCGCUUUACCAGCUUUGUCCCUGUCACCAUUCCCCACUCCACAACUUCAGACGUCACCAUCGAAGGUCUCCGCAUUCCCAAAGACACGGUGGUCUUCAUCAAUCAGUGGUCUGUCAACCAUGACCCCCUGAAGUGGAAGGAUCCACAUGUCUUUGACCCCUCGCGCUUCCUGGAUGAAAAGGGCUCCCUAGACAAGGAUCUCACCAACAAUGUUAUGAUCUUCUCAGCAGGGAAGAGAAGAUGUAUUGGGGACCAGAUUGCCAAAGUCGAGAUAUUUUUGUUCUUUGCAAUUCUACUCCACCAAUGUAGCUUUGAGAAAUGUGCUAAUGAAGACCUGUCUUUAAACUGCUCCUAUGGUUUAACACUGAAGCCUUUAGAGUACAAGAUUGCUGCCAAACUCAGGGGAGAAUUACUUUCAGGCUAAUGAAAAAAAACAUUUGACAAUGGGUUCUCCAAUUAAAGAACAUCAAUGCAAUAUAAGGUAUGUGUUCUAAAAUAAAUAUCUAUGCUUUGCAUCACAGAGGAUUUUAAUAUAAUAAUCUUUAAUUUACCCAAAAAAUGCAAAUGAUAAGAUUUCUUACUUCUGCUGACAUUUGAAAUUGUGACCAAAUACAAUAUUUCACUCAAUUACAACAUCUCUGCCAGUUUAUGUAUUAAAAGUAAGCACCCUGUAAAUGGCAUUAGAAAGCAUGUGAGUCAUAUCUGAACUCCACAGCAAUUUUACUCCUCAACUCUAAAAAACUGUGACUGACUGAGAAAACCUAAAUAUAUCUGCGCUGGCUCUCCUACAUCAUGUAAGAAAUAGAAAAACUGUAAUGAAAGCUUUGAUGUGUUUUCCCAAAACCACAAUUCAUAAUAAACCUAAGUAUGUAUUGUUAUUUAUAUGAGGGUAUUUAGCGGAGUCACCCUAAAUUGCAAUAUAAACCGGUGGUGAUGAAUAAACUUCACUUUAAGCAUUUUGGGGGUUUUUCGCUGAUGGGGAGAAAUCAUGUGCCAGCUGUGUGGUCUCAACUGAAUCCUCUGAAUAAUUAUUUAACCAGACACUCAUUUAUCUUUGUAUGUAUCGAACUUUUUGAUGUUUGAGCUUAAUACAAAUAUAGUGUGCAAGUCAUCUCCAUUCAUGUACUCUUAAAUCAUGAGUAAUACUGUUGUAUUCUGAUAAUAACUCAUGUCACAUGUAACAUAUUUCUAAAAGCCACUAAUUGAAUUGUUGGUUGUCGUUUAGUACACAUAAUACAUCACUGUACAACAUGAUUUAGUAGGCAUAUGACAUUGUCUGAAUAAUAAGCUGUAUAGAAUAGCUAAAUAAUGUUUUCAUAAUGAGCAUGGCCCAGUGUGAUACAGUCUAGUGUGACUAAAGCCUUGAAUGUACAAUAAAGAAUUUGUAUUGA